CACCGGAAGAACAGAUUAACCAAAAAGCACUGUUUUUGACAGUCAUAUUAUUCUCUACAGCGAGAGAGUGACGCAGCAUUUGCUGUCAAUAGUCGGUAAACUUAAGCUCGGUUGGCGUUUGUUACUUUAUUUAUUACUUUUAAUUUUCAACUAUCUGUCGUCUCUAAAACUUACACUUCAGAAAGCUCUUGUUUUCUACAGCUUCCUAGCCGACAAACUUUUGCAGUUACACCAGGUUAGCUCUAUUGUAUAUUUGAAGCUCUCAUUUAGUGUCACUAUGGACGAAGAUGGCACUUACCCCGUGAAACUGUACAUUUACGACCUGUCCAGAGGCAUGGCCCGCCAGCUGAGUCCUCUCAUGCUAGGGAAACAGCUAGAUGGAAUAUGGCACACAGCUGUUGUGGUCCAUGGAAAGGAGUUCUUCUUUGUUGGUGAGGGCAUCAACAGUUGCCCACCUGGUGGCACCCCACUGGGCGAGCCAGACUCUGUAGUGGACAUGGGCUUCACUGAGGUGUCUGCAGAGUUAUUUAUGGAGUAUCUAACUUCAUUGGCCGAGUCCACUUAUGGUGCUGACAAGUAUAAGCUGUUCGAGCACAACUGCAACACUUUCAGCAGUGAGGUGGCUCAGUUCCUUACAGGCAAAAAGAUCCCAUCAUACAUUACAGACCUUCCAUCUGAAGUACUUUCCACGCCAUUCGGCCAGGCUCUCCGCCCCUUACUGGAUUCCAUCGUCAUUAAUCCUGGAGGCAGCAACAUUACUGGACAACGAUAGACAGAAACGUAUUUCUGCCAGUGGCUGGCAAGUUGAUCUGUUAUUUGUCAUGUUUACAGCUAACUAGGCUCAUGCAGUCAUUCGCUCUUCUACUGACUUUCAUGGUCAACUUCUGCUCAUUGAUAUACAUUAUUGGCUGAAAGUAAAUUUUUGCUCUGAAUGGUGGAUCAGAUUAAGAUUGGUUUUGUUUAGAAAUUAUUACUUAGCUCGUGAAAUUUUCUCCCCCUGGUUCAGUCAAUUAAUAAGGCAUCCUCUAGAUUUUUAUUAAUAGAGACAUUAUGCUCUUUUUCACACACUGAUUAAAUUUCCAGGUGUCUUAAUGAAGUUGAACUGUGGUCAUUUCAAAGAGAUUUCAAAGGUUUUCUGAUAAUGAAAACAUUGUGUUUUGUAUAUGCUGCGCUAUAACUCGCUCUUACCAUACCAGCACUUUACAAGUGAAGUCUGACUUAUUCUUUUCUACUUUUGCCUUAUGAUCAUUGGCCUUAACCUUUUUACCCUUCAACGUAGUGACUACUGUAAACUCCUUGGGACAGAGAGUUUUAAUGCCUUUUACAAGAUGCCACAUACACUCACCGGUCACUUCAUUAGGUAAUUUUGCUGGUUUCAGGUUGAACCCUUGCUUUAAUUCUUGGUGUUAAAGUUUCAACAAGGUGUUUCAGAGAGAAUUUGAUCCAUACCGACCUCAUAUCAUCAUAUAUUUGCUGUGGAUUUGUCAUCUGCACAUUCAGUCUGGACCAAGUCAUUUAAAUCCAAAUUUUUUCCUCAUUUUGAUGAUCAAUUUCAACUCCAGCAAGUCGUCUUGAUCCAUGUCUACAUGACCAAACACAUGAAGUUGUCAUGUGAUUGAAUGAAUAGCUGUUUUUGUUAACAGGCAUUUAAACGGGUGUACCCGAUGAAGUGGCCGGGGAGAUUAUUUUCCUCAUCACCUCACGUCCUCGCGGUCAUUCACACUGAACAAAUAGAAUCAACAGUUUUGUUUCUCUUCAUCGUCUAUGAAACUGUUUAUUAAAAUGUUAAAAAUAUUUUUUUGAUAUUGAAAUAUCAUUAAAAUGUGUAUUAGCCUGAUGCACUUUUAAACAAAACUAACAUUGAUAGUUUUUCUAGAGGAACCACAUGAGAGCAGUUUCAUUUUAGUGGAGUUGAGGCAUCUCUUAACGUAUGUUUAAUACAUUGCUUUUUAGCAAUAGUUGUAAAGCUCUCCUUUGCACAGGUGUUGUUAUGAACAAUCCUUGCUGAACAAGCCCCCUUGACACUUAUUCUUAUCUUCAACUUUCCACAUUGUGCCUAUUUUGUCUUUUAACUCCUGUUGUCAUCUGUCACAGCCAGACUGUUAAAACUGUCCAGCCUGUUUGUCUGUAAAUGUUUUAUAAAAAUUCACUUUGACCAAAUUGAAGCUUUGGUGUUCAA